GGCGGGUGUUGGGAAGCCAGGAGGAACAACAUUAGCCCUCGUUUCUUCUCGUAGUUUGGAGAUUUCCUCGUUUCUCUCCAGGACGUUUGGGGACGCGCAGCUCAGGACGCACCGGAGCGCACGACCAGUAUGAUGGAGAGAUAGCAGUAGGAAGAAGAGAAUAUGUCUUUUUUUGGCAUGGACUGUGUCAAGAAAAAAGAGCAAGAGCUGGAGAGGAAGCUCCGCGCCAACGACCGCGAGUACAACCUCCCCUUUAAGUAUGCUACAAAUGCCAUCAAGACCUCCAAGUACAACCCCUUCACCUUCCUACCUCUUAACCUGUUUGAGCAGUUCCAGAGGAUCGCUAAUGCCUACUUUCUGUUUCUUCUGGUGCUCCAGGUGAUUCCUCAGAUCUCCUCUCUGUCCUGGUUCACCACAGUCGUGCCUCUGGUCCUCGUGCUGACAGUCACCGCUGCCAAGGAUGCCACUGACGAUAUUAAUCGCCACAGGAGCGAUAAUCAAGUCAACAACAGAAAAGUUAAAGUCCUUAUUGACAGAAAACUGCGGAGCGAGAAAUGGCUGGACGUCCAAGUGGGAGACAUCAUCAAGCUGGAAAACAACCAGUUUGUCACAGCCGACCUCAUGUUGCUCUCCAGCAGCGAACCACUCAACCUGGUGUACAUCGAGACGGCAGAACUGGAUGGAGAGACUAACCUGAAGGUGAGACAGGCCCUGACCGUGACAGGAGAUCUGGGAGAGGAUAUUGAAAAACUAGCAGACUUUGAUGGGGAAGUACGCUGUGAGCCCCCCAACAACCGCCUGGACCGCUUCAUGGGAACACUAACCUACGCAGGUCAGAAAUACUCGCUGGACAACGAGAAGAUCCUGCUGCGAGGCACCACCCUGAGGAACACCGGGUGGUGCUUUGGACUGGUGCUGUUUGGAGGUCCAGAGACAAAGCUGAUGCAGAACUGUGGGAAAAGCACGUUCAAGAGGACCAGCAUAGACCGACUGAUGAAUGUUCUAGUCCUUUGUAUUUUCGGUUUCCUGGCUUUCAUGUGCACCAUCCUGGCGAUAGGAAACUGCUUCUGGGAGCUGAACGAAGGCUCACAGUUCACAGUCUUCCUGCCCAGACAAGAUGGCAACGAUGCUGGCUUCUCCGCCUUCCUCACAUUCUGGUCUUACGUCAUCAUCCUCAACACUGUGGUGCCCAUAUCUCUCUAUGUUAGUGUGGAGAUCAUCCGGCUGGGGAACAGCUUCUACAUCGACUGGGACAGGAAGAUGUACUACUCACGGAGCGACACCCCCGCCGAGGCUCGCACCACCACGCUGAACGAGGAGCUGGGCCAGAUCAAGUACGUCUUCAGUGACAAAACAGGGACGCUCACGCAGAAUAUCAUGACCUUCAACAAGUGCUCUAUCAACGGCAAAUCAUACGGUGAUGUGUAUGACUACACAGGUCAAAGACUGGAAAUAACUGAGCAUACAGAGAGGGUGGACUUCUCCUUCAACGCGCUGGCGGACCCCCGCUUCAUGUUCCACGACCACUCCCUGGUGGAGGCGGUGAAGCUGGAGAACCCAGAGGUCCACACCUUCUUCAGACUGCUGGCCCUCUGCCACACCGUCAUGGCAGAGGAGAAGAAAGAAGGUGAGCUGUCCUAUCAGGCGCAGUCUCCAGAUGAGGGAGCUUUGGUAACCGCCGCCAGAAACUUUGGAUUUGUCUUCCGCUCACGCACGCCGGACAGCGUUUCCAUCGUGGAAAUGGGACAGCAGCGCAGCUAUGAACUCCUGGCCAUCCUCGAUUUCAACAACGUCCGCAAGAGGAUGUCCGUCAUAGUUCGGAGUCCAGAGGGGAAGCUCUCUCUCUUCUGUAAAGGCGCAGACACGAUCAUCUACGAGAGGCUGCAUCGGUCCUGCAACAAGCUGAUGGACGUCACUACAGAGCAGCUUAAUGAGUUUGCAGGGGAGGGUCUGCGGACUCUGGUGCUGGCCUACAAGGAUCUGGAUGAGGGGUAUUUUAAUGAUUGGAAACAGCGCCACCAUGAGGCCAGCACCCUGCUGGACGACCGGGAGAGCAAACUGGACGAGCUGUACGAGGAGAUAGAGAAGGACCUGCUGCUGCUUGGAGCGUCAGCCAUCGAGGACAAGCUGCAAGACGGAGUCCCUCAGACCAUCGAGCAGCUGUCCAAAGCAGACAUCAAAAUCUGGGUUUUGACUGGUGACAAGCAAGAAACGGCGGAAAACAUUGGGUACUCAUGCAACUUACUGCGGGAGGAGAUGAACGACGUCUUCAUCAUAUCAGCCAAUUCUCCCGAGGACGUCAGACAGGAACUGAGGGAUGCACAAACCUCCAUGAAACCAGGAGAGGAUUCAGUGUUUUUGCCGGAAGGCACUCUGGGUAAAGGUGUGAAAGUGAUGGCAGACGAGGCGGUGAAUGGAGAGUACGGAUUGGUCAUCAACGGACACAGCCUGGCGUACGCCCUGGAGCGCAGCAUGGAGCUGGAGUUCCUGAGGACAGCGUGCAUGUGUAAGGCUGUGAUCUGCUGCAGGGUCACUCCUCUGCAGAAGGCUCAGGUGGUGGAGCUGGUGAAGAAGUACAAGGGGGCGGUGACCCUGGCCAUAGGAGACGGAGCCAACGACGUCAGCAUGAUCAAAGCGGCUCAUAUAGGCGUGGGCAUCUCAGGCCAGGAGGGCAUGCAGGCGGUCCUCUCCAGCGACUACUCCUUCGCCCAGUUCCGCUUCCUGCAGCGCCUCCUGCUGGUGCACGGCCGCUGGUCCUACCUGCGCAUGUGCAAGUUCCUGCGCUACUUCUUCUACAAGAACUUCACCUUCACCUUCGUCCACUUCUGGUUCGCCUUCUUCUGCGGCUUCUCUGCGCAGACGGUGUACGAUGAGUGGUUCAUCACACUCUACAAUCUGGUGUACACAGCACUACCUGUCCUGGGAAUGAGUCUGUUCGAUCAGGAUGUGAACGACGUGUGGAGUUUCCAGCAACCUCAGCUCUACGUGCCCGGUCAGCUCAACCUGUACUUCAGCAAGAAGGCCUUCUUCAAGUGUGCCCUCCACAGCUGCUACAGCUCCAUGGUGCUCUUCUUCAUCCCCUACGCCGCCAUGCACGACACGGUGAGGGGGGACGGGAAGGACGUCGCCGACUACCAGUCCUUCGCCCUGCUCACACAGACAUGUCUGCUGUUUGCCGUCACCAUCCAGUUGGGUUUGGAGAUGUCUUACUGGACGGCGGUGAACACUUUCUUCGUGUUGGGCAGUCUGGUCAUGUACUUUGUUGUCACGUUCACCAUGUACAGUAACAGCAUGUUCCUCAUGUCUCCGUCAGCCUUCCCUUUUAUCGGAACAGCCCGUAACUCUUUGAACCAGCCCAAUAUUUGGCUGACGAUCCUCCUCACCUCCAUCCUGUGUGUCCUUCCUGUGGUCACAUACCGCUUCCUGUUUAUUCAGCUCUGCCCCACCAUCAACGACAAGAUGAUGUUCAAGGUGAGACAGGCCAAAGCCACACCCGCCCCCCCGCCUCGACGCACCCGAAUCCGGCGCACCAGCUCCCGCCGCUCAGGCUACGCCUUCUCCCACGCGCAGGGCUACGGGGACCUGGUGACCUCGGGGCGCUUCCUGCGGCGUCCCGCUUUGUCCCGAUCCUCAGGUUUGACCAACGCAGGCCGCACCACCACGGGCUUCAGUCCCAUGGGCCGAUCGGCGGGAUACAGCCCGACGGGACGGCCGCAGAACGCCAAGGUCCCGGAUGUGGAAGUUACGUCGCUGCAGAUGUACAGAACUAUCACUGACCCUUCCCUCUGACAGAGAGAGGGUUCACUUUAAGAUCUGGGAGGAGGAAUGAUGUCACCUGGACAGCAACUGGUGUUUUAAAAGCUUCCAUUUGUUCAAUGAAGAACUUGCUUGGGCUUUCCGGAAAACAUCAUAUUAUCUGCACGGUCAUCCAAGACAAGGUUUUGAAAUGACCGUGCAUUUUAUUUUGUAACACUUUUAUCAAAGGGAACUACAGCAAAGUGUGUCGAUGGAUCCCUUUCUUUAGAUCAUGAGUGUUCAUGUUCAACAUGCCUCAUGCAUAGCCAUCAAAUGAGAGGACAAUGGAAACAGCUACAGGGUGAUUCACUCACAGAUAGGAACAACCACAGAAACCAGGGGAAACCUUUUGGCUUCAAGAAAAGGACAAGUGUCAUCAUGUUUACAGAUUUCCUUUACCUCGGGAGUCUAGAUGCACAGCAGGGCUUUGUGCAGAGGAAACAACCAGCAAAGCCAUUUUUGUAUACAAUUAUUUGUUAUUUUUAUUUUUGGUGUCUUUUUUAAAGCAUUUUAUUGUUUUCUCUUUAAAGAUUUUUGCACUUUGGCAGUGGGAGAUAACUGAAUGUUUGAAUGAUCAUGAAUGUUUCGUAGACAAAGUUCAUAUUCUCAGUGACGGCAAAAGUUUAAAAAAUCUGCAGGUUUAUAAUUGUUUACUUCAAUCAACCUUCUCUGUCUGCAUUUAAGAGGUUUAUCGUACUGUACACAAAGUUAUAUUGGUGAUAUUUCAAUCGAUUCCUCAAGUCCAGUAGUUCAGCAUCUUCAGUGCAGUCUUGGCAUUCUGCAUUCAGAGCCAAACGCAUGUAACUCUGUUAAAGGGCCAGUGUGUCGUAUUUAUUAGGAUCUUUUAGCAGAAAUAAAUAUGUAUAAUAUUAAUUUCAUUAAUGUAAAUCCUCUUUAGACCAAGAUUGGUUGUGUGUAUGUGAUCUUAGGAUAAGCACAUCUACAUUCAGUUGGCUGCAAUGCUUGAUACUGCUAAAUCCUACAAACUGCAGGUCCCUUUAAACGUGACGUAUAAGUCAUUUUGAUUUUACGUAUCAGAUACUCCAUAUCAUUACAAGUCAUUAUUUUACUAACGAACUAGCUUGCUGCAGUGUAUGUGGCAAUCAACUUGGUAGUAAGCAGUAUUUCUAAUUACUUUCCUCCAUCUUUUUCUCUUCAGCUUACUGAAAAUAAAAUUCCUGUAUAUUGCAAUGCAGAAACAGCGAUGACAAGAAUGUUCGAUGGAAGAUGAUGAGGUUUUAUGCAAGCCAGUCAAGAACUAGUAAUGUUUUUAUGUGAAGCAAACAUAUUUUAUACAGUCCGGUAGCUUGUCCCCUCUGUGGGAUCAAUCUUCAAGUCAUUAUUUUGGUGUUUGAAGGUUUCCAAACUGAUUUUUUUGUGUGUAAUUGUACACAUAAUAUCUGACCAUAUCUUUCUUUUUCCGUGGAUAUGCAAUUACUGUUUUUAAUCGCUCAUCAUCUUUUCAUCUACAGUUACAUUUAAACCAUUAGAGCGGCCCUAUUAUCCCUUUCCUGUAGUGUGUGAUAUAGGUUUCUGUGCAUGUAAAUGGUCUGCAAAGGCUAAAAUCCCAAAGUUUC